AAUAGGAAUGAAAAUAUGAGCCUCUAUCUGCGAGACUUUGAUAUAAAUUAUAUCUAUGACUUGUUGAAGUUUACUGAACUUUUGGCAGUGACUCCUCCACUAAAUCGCAAGAAGCAAGAGCUGACUAACUACAAGUAUUACCAUAUUAUAGUGAUUUUACUAAUAAUUAUAUUUGCAGUUUACUCAUCAUAUGGUAUUAUAGUAUACUUCAUUCCAAAAUUCAAUGGGACCAGUACAACUCUGCGACUUAUAUGUAUAAUAGUAAUAACAAUUAUGAAUGUAUUGUCUGUCUUAAUAGCAGCAUGCAACGUUGAUACUUGGAACAUGUUCCUGAAUGUGUUUAAACACUUGGACCAGAAGCUGAAAUACCAAUCUCGAAGCGAAAAUAACAUUCUAAAACUAGAACUCUCUACGUUUUACUUAGUGCUAUUAAGCAUUUUUGGAUAUGACGCUUACGUUUGGUACUGCAAUUACCAUUGGGAUCUAUUUAAAUUUACCCUUUUUAAAUAUGUAAAUUUCAUUCAUGGUAACGUAAUGAUGCUGGUAAUACUCCAUUUCGCUGCUGCUUUGUCAAACCGUUACAAAAGAAUAAACAACUUGCUUAUUAAAAGUAACGAUUUUUAUAAUAUAUUCAAUUGUUUAAUAGUAAAAGGAUCCGAAGAAAAAUUAAACAAUUUGAAGAGCAUCAAAGAAGUAACUGACUACUAUCUGCUCCUUUCUGACUUAGUAGAGAUGUUUAAUAAACUAUUUGGUUGGCAAAUAUUGAUUGUGACUGAAUAUGUUUUACUGUUCUUUUUGGAAUUUUUCAAUGGACUUAUGUUGAGUUUAGAUCCUGCACAAAAAUCUGGAGUCUACCACGAUCUGAAGACCGUUAUUUCGCUGGUUAUAUUUUCAUUUUUAGCUAUAGGUCACCAAGCAAUGAUCAUCCUUUUUUGCGAAAACGUAAAUAAGGAGUCAAGGAACACACUUACCAUUUGUUACAAGCUACAAGAAACUGUAGAUCCCAUGUCAGAAGAAAGAAAGGAAUUGACUAUUCUGAGCGAUGUGGUCAAUUUUAUGAAGACGAAGACCAAUGCUGCUGGCUUUUAUAAUAUUGAUCGUAGUUUAUUAUGCAGAUUUUUUGCUUAUUUUUUUUCUUAUUCCAUUGUUUUGCUUCAAUUCAAUAGACAGACAACUAUUAGAGAGACUAAAGUUAACAACAGUAUUUCCAAUGUAACAGAAGUGUUAACAACAUUUAAUUAAUCAAUAAAGAUGAUAAUUAAAAACGUA